CCGGGGCUCUCCCGCUGUCAGGGAGAGCCGGGAAAAGCUUUGGGAUCGGGGCCGGGAUUUGGGAUCGGCGCUUCCCGAUGAUUCCAUGGCCAUUCCCAGCGGGAUUCUCCUGGCUUGCUCCCUCUUCCUCCUGCCCGGAUUCGGGAAUUCCUUCAAUGUGGACACCGAGAGGCCCCGGAUCAUUCCGGGAUCCCGGGAAUCUUUCUUUGGAUACACGGUGCAGCAGCACGACAUCGGCGGCAAGAAAUGGCUGGUGGUGGGAGCUCCGUACGAAUCCAACGGGCACCAGAAAACCGGAGACGUCUACAAGUGUCCGGUGCCGAGUGACGGGAACUGCACCAAGCUCAACCUGGGGCGCGUGACGCUGUCCAACGUGUCGGAGCGCAAGGACAACAUGCGCCUGGGGCUGAGCCUGGCCACCGACCCCCGCGACAGCAGCGUCCUGGCCUGCAGCCCGCUCUGGGCCCACGAGUGCGGCAGCUCCUACUUCACCACGGGAAUGUGUUCCCGCGUCAGCUCCAGCUUCCGCUUCUCCCGCAGCGUGGCUCCGGCUCUGCAGAGGUGCCAGACCUACAUGGACAUCAUCAUCGUUCUGGAUGGAUCCAACAGCAUUUAUCCGUGGGUUGAAGUCCAGCACUUCCUGAUCAAUAUCCUGAAAAAGUUUUACAUCGGUCCCGGCCAGAUCCAGGUGGGAGUUGUGCAGUACGGAGAGGACGUGGUCCAUGAAUUCCAUCUGAACGACUACAGGUCCGUGCAGGACGUGGUGGCGGCCGCCAGCCACAUCGAGCAGCGCGGGGGCACCGAGACCAGGACCGCCUACGGCAUCGAGUUCGCUCGCUCGGAGGCGUUCCGGAAGGGCGGCCGGAAAGGGGCGAAGCGGGUGAUGAUCGUCAUCACGGAUGGGGAAUCCCACGACAGCCCGGACCUGGAGAAGGUGAUCGAGGACAGCGAGAGGGACAACGUCACCAGAUACGCCGUGGCGGUUCUGGGUUAUUACAACAGGAGAGGGAUCAACCCCGAGGCCUUUCUGAACGAGAUCAAAUUCAUUGCCAGCGACCCCGACGACAAACAUUUCUUCAACGUCACCGACGAGGCAGCGCUCAAGGACAUCGUGGAUGCUCUGGGAGAAAGGAUUUUCAGCCUGGAAGGAACCAACAAGAACGAGAUCUCCUUCGGACUGGAAAUGUCCCAGACUGGAUUUUCAUCCCAUGUCGUGGAAGACGGGAUCCUGCUGGGAGCAGUGGGAGCCUACGACUGGAAUGGAGCCGUCCUGAAGGAAACCAGCAGCGGGAAGGUCAUUCCUCUGCGGGAAUCCUACCUGCAGGAAUUCCCGGAGGAGCUGAAAAACCACGGAGCCUACUUAGGUUACACCGUCUCCUCCGUCGUCUCCACCAAGCACGAGCGGAUUUACGUGGCGGGAGCGCCGCGCUUCAACCACACCGGCAAAGUCAUCCUGUUCACCAUGCACAGCAACAGGAACCUCACCAUCCACCAGGCCCUCAAGGGAGAGCAGAUCGGCUCCUACUACGGCAGCGAGAUCAAUUCCCUGGAUGCCAACGGCGACGGCGUCACCGACGUCCUGCUGGUGGGAGCGCCCAUGUUCUUCAGCGAGGGCCGCGAGAGGGGCAAGGUCUACGUGUACACCCUGCGGGGGAACCUCUUCAUUCCCAGCGGAGCGCUGGGGGAUCUCCAGAGUUACCAGAAUUCCCGUUUCGGCUCCUGCAUCGCCGCCGUUCCCGACCUCAACCAGGACUCCUACAACGACCUGGUGGUGGGGGCCCCUCUGGAGGACGAGCACCAAGGAGCCAUCUACGUUUUCCUGGGAUUCCAGGAGACCAUCCUGAGGAAGUACAAGCAGCGGAUCGCGGCCGCCCAGCUGGCCCCGGGGCUGAGGUACUUCGGCUGCAGCAUCCACGGGCAGCUGGAUCUGAACGAGGACGGGCUGGUGGACCUGGCCGUGGGCUCGCUGGGCAACGCCGUGCUGCUCUGGUCCCGCAGCGUAGUCCGGAUCAAUGCCAGCCUCCGCUUCGAGCCCUCCAAGAUCAACAUCUUCACCAAGGACUGCAAGCGCAACGGGAAGGAGGCCACGUGCAUGAGAGCCUUCGUCUGCUUCACCGCCCUCUUCCUCUCCGCUCACUUCCAGACCUCCAGCGUGGGGCUCAGGUACAACGCGACCAUCGACGAGCGCCGCUACUCGCCCCGGGCGCACCUGGACGACGGCGCCGAGCGGGCGAGGGGGCUGGAGCUGCCCUCGGGGCUGGAGCGCUGCCACAGCCUCCCCUUCCACGUCCUGGACACGGCGGAUUACGUGAAGCCGGUGACGUUCUCCAUCGACUACGAGCUGGAGCACACCGAGCAUGGCCCCAUGCUGGAGGAUGGGUGGCCCACCUCGCUCAGGGUCUCUGUCCCCUUCUGGAACGGCUGCAACGAGGACGAGCACUGUGUCCCGGACCUGGUGCUGGAUGCCAGGAGUGACAUUCCCAGUGCCACGGAAUUCUGCCGGAGGGCGCUGUGGAGGGGCGACUGCUCAGCCUUCAGCCUCUCCUUCGACGCCUCCGUCUUCGUCGUCGAGAGCAGCAGGAGAAGGGUGGCCGUGGAAGCGACGCUGGAAAACCGCGGGGAAAACGCCUACAGCACCGUCCUCAACAUCUCCUUCUCCAGGAACCUCCAGUUCGCCAGCUUGAUCCCCAAGGACGACACCGACAUCAACAUCGACUGCGCCAGUGACGAGCGCCACCCCAGCAGGAGGGUGUGCAACGUCAGCUACCCCUUCUUCCGAGCCAAGGCCAAGGUCGCGUUCCGCCUGGAUUUUGAGUUCAGCAAGUCCGUGUUCCUGCAGAGCAUGGAGGUCUACAUGGUGGCCAGCAGUGACAGCGAGGAGAAGGAAAACACCAAGGAGGACAACGUCGCCCACCUCAACCUCCAGCUCAAGUACGAGGCCGACCUGCUCUUCACCAGGGAAGCCACUACCACGACCCCUGUGUCCAUGCUGGAAUUCCAUCGGCUUCUCCCACAGGAAAACACCACCUGCAGCAUCUGGGGGAACAGCACUGACUACCGGAGAACCCCGGCGGAGGAGGACCUGUCCCGCACCCCACACCUGAACCACAGCAACUCGGACGUGGUUUCCAUCGACUGCGAGGUGAAACUGGCCCCCAACGAGGAGCUGAACUUGCACUUGCGUGGAAAUCUGUGGCUGAAGUCUCUAAAAGCACUGAAGUUCAAGGCACUGAAGCUCACCACCAACGCCGCGCUCCAGCGGCGCUUCCAGAGCCCCGUGGUUUUCCGGGAGGAGGAUCCCAGCCGCCAGAUCACGUUUGAGAUCUCCAAGCCUGAGGAAUGGCAGAUUCCCAUCUGGAUCAUCCUCGGGAGCACCUUGGGGGGUCUCCUGCUCCUGGCCCUGCUCGUCCUGGCGCUCUGGAAGCUCGGGUUCUUCAAGAGCGGGAGCCGCCGGCGAGCGGCGGAGCGGGAGCAGAAUUCCCAAGGGAUGGAGUGACUCUGCCGGGGCCAGGAGCCCCCUCCCAGCUCCGGAGAUUCCCGGGAUCCCGAGGGAUUUGGGGGCUGAGCUUGGCUUUGCAGCAGGAGGAGAGAACGCCCCUUGUGGGACAGCACUUAAAAGCCAUAAAAACCCCUCAAACCAACUGAAAUUUCCCC